UCUACCACAGCUCGAGUAAGUAUGUGGGUCCUGGACGCGCUUGAGAAAUGUAACAGGUUUGGCAGGUGUAGCGUUACUUAGCAAGUAGGCUACCUUACCUGCACCAGGUGUGAAAGGCUUAUAACCCAGCAAUAAGUUGACGCGGCAGCUCAAGCGAGUCCUGUCCAUUCUUGGGAACAUGAACAACCCCAUACCAUCAAACUUGAAGUCGGAGUCGAAGAAGGCUGCCAAAAUUCUACGGGAAUUCACAGAAAUAUCCAACAGAACGGGACCUGACAAACUCAUCCCAGCUCAUAUCAUUGCCACGGCCCAAGGUCUGGCCAUCAUAUCGGUCAUCCGGGCGGGUUUUAUGAUCACAGCUCGUGGAGGCAGUGGGAUAGUCAUCGCCAAGCUCCCAGAUGGACGGUGGUCUGCUCCAUCAGCCAUUGGCAUCGCUGGCCUCGGUGGAGGAUUUGAGAUCGGCUUGGAGGCGUCCGACUUUGUCAUUAUUCUGUACCAGAGGAGAGCGGUGGAAGCCUUCAGUAAAGGAGGGAACCUGACGUUUGGUGGCAACUGCACUGUGGCAGUGGGGCCUCUUGGCAGAAACCUGGAGGCCGAUGUAGCACUGCGCAGCACAUCUCCCGUCUUCUCCUACUGCAAGUCGCGCGGCCUCUACGCCGGCGUGUCUCUGGAGGGCUCCUACCUUCUCGAGCGCAAGGAGACCAACAGGAAGUUCUACGGACGAGACAUCCGUGCCUCUGCCAUUCUGAAUGGAGAUGUGGAUCCUCCUUUUGAGGUGCAAGAGCUGUACACCAUUCUAGACGACUAUGUGGAGAAGUACACCAAUGACUGGCAGAGGAGGCACUCCAAAACCCCAUCAAAUCGUCCUUUCGGCUUGUCGAUGCCCGGACCUCCCAGACCUCGACCUCCUAGUCAGAAGCCCUCAUCCAGCUCUGGUGGCAGUCACAGUGAUUCAAAACCUGCCCUCUACCCCAGUCUGUCGGUCGUAAAAAGAGACAGUGCCCCAGCUUCCAGUGGGUCAGCAUGGACGUCGUCAUCAACCUCUGCCAGCUCCGCAUGGACGCCAUCACCAUCGUCAUCCACCUCUGCAGACUCUGCAUGGGGAUCAGCUUCAGGUGGAUCUGCCUCAGCUUGGGGAGCACCAUCAGCUUCUGCUGGCUCUGCCUCAGCUUGGGGAGCAUCGGCAUCAUCAUCAUCAUCAUCUCCCGCCCCGCUAAUGGUCACUGCCGUCCAUGCCUUUGAGGGCCAGCAGUCCGGCGACCUCAGCUUCAACGCUGGAGACCAGAUCUCAGUCAUCACCAAGACCGACUCCCAGUACGACUGGUGGGAGGGCCGGCUAGGAGGCAAGGUGGGGAUUUUCCCUGCCAACUAUGUAACCUACAACUGAGGAGGAGGAACCAGAAGACAAGCACACACAAAGGGGUGCUUGUGUUAACGAUUGAGCACGGUUCAGUCCUUUUGAUGGUGUUUUGGUUUCACACUCCCACUGAGGCUAGGGGUGGUGGUUGGGGAGGGGUGGGCGUGAGAGUGCUUACACUGACUCAUUCAUAAUCGGUUAUCACAGUGUAGGCUUUUGAGUGAAAUGAACAAGGGAAAAUUUUGACACUAUUUGUUACACAAUUAUUUUUUUGACAACCGUUCAGUUGAGUGGCACACCAUAACAAGCACAUUUUUGAACACUAAGGUAAAAAAAAACACCCUUUGCUGAUAUGACAUGACUUGUCAUGCAUUUGUGGGAAAUGGUGGUGGUGUAUGCACUUAAAUGUUGUCUUUCUGUUAAUGUUAAAGGAACUCUCCACCAUUUCUGGAAAUUUGCCCAUUAGCCCACUUCCCUUGAGUUAAACAAUAGAGGUUAACCUUUCUGCUGUUCUUCUAGCCGUUCUCUGAGUCUGGUGAUAUUACUAGUUCCAAGCCAGCAUGUCCAGUACGCACUGUACAUACAGCACAACUGAACUGAAUGGGACUAUUACUUUCUAGAUAGUGCCAUUGGGCUCAAUUGAUACAUGCUGGCUUGGAGGAAGGAAAUACAUUAGAGAAUGGCUGAUAGACAGGGAAAGGGGUACAACCACAUUUCCAGAUAGAGUGGACUGUUCCUUUUAAUGUUAAUAAUCUUAACUUAUGGAUUUAAAGUUGCAGAAAAUGGUUGUAAAUGUUUGUGUGGUGGUUGGCUGGCUGGUUCCAAAGCACACCAUUUCCCAGGACCGUGCUGGGCCCUCAUUAGGCCCAGAAUGACACGUUUCCUCUUAUCCGAUUAAGAGUCUUCCAUGCCAAAGAGCCAGGGGACACGAUUUUUAUAUGGACAACAAAGGACGGUUUGAUGAAUGAAACGGAUAGCGCUAUUCCGUUAACACCUGCACUUUAUAAACAGGAAGCCUAUUAUGUUACGUCCUCCUUGGCAUGGAGGAGUUUUACAGUCUCUGCUUAAAUCAAUGCUGACAUUCAGAUGAUGCCAAAAUCUUUAAACUGAGAAACGCGUGUGUGUGUGUGUGUGAGAGAGAUCUGCUACCUUUUCUACCUUCAAGGCAUUUGUUUUGAUGGAUCUCUUUGACUUGUGAUGAAUUAUAUAUUUAAAGUAAGAGGAAAUCUAAUAAUGCAUUGUAUUUUUAACUGACAUUUUAUGGAUAUUGAUUAAAACGUGUGCAGAAACCGUA